GCUGGAUAGGACUGGUUCACAUGAUUCAUUACAUGAUUCAAUUAUUACAAAUGUGGCUAACGGACAGUGGCUACCGACAAAAUCAUCGUACGGCAUUAGGACCCAUUGAGCAAAGAUUUAAGCACGUUUUCAAAAGAAAAAGAAUCAAAGCCACAACCAUUAAUAAAUUAACAUAAGAUUCUUCAACUGAAGGCUGAAGCAGAAGAAGAAGCAGAAGCCCCAGCCAUGGAUAUGCCGGUGAAGAUUUACGGCCCAAUUUCAUCUCCUUCCGUCUGCAGGGUCGUUGUUUGUCUUCUGGAGAAAGAUGUACAUAACUUUCAGCUCGUCCCUGUUAACUUGGCCAAAGGCGAGAACAAAACUCCUCAAUACCUCAAGAUUCAGCCAUUUGGCCAAGUCCCGGCUUUCCAAGACGAAAGCGUUGGUCUUUUCGAAACCAGAGCCAUUUGUAGGUACGUGGUGGAUAAAUAUGCAAAUCAAGGGAACAAAACUCUGCAUUCCAACGACUUAUUAGUGAAAUCAUCAAUUGAGAAAUGGAUCGAAGCUGAAGCCCAAGACUUCAACCCACCGGCCUCGGCCCUGGUGAAUCAUCUCUUCUUCCGGGCCGCCGGAACCCCUCUGGACCCGAACUUGGUGAAAACCAACAAAGAGAAGCUGGCAAAAGUGCUUGAUGUCUAUGACACCAGGCUUGGGGAGAGUCAGUACUUGGCCGGGGGUGAGUUCACGCUGGCCGAUCUUUUCCACUUGCCCUACUGUCAGUUGUUGGCGGGUGAUGAUGAGUCCAUGUUUCGUUCCCGGAAGAACGUCGGCCGGUGGUGGGAUGACGUCUCCGGCAGAGAUUCAUGGAAGAAAGUUCUUGAGAUGCAGAAGCAAAAUGCUUAAUCAUAAUCAACAUCCUGCCAACCUAGUUGCUUGUGGUUGUGCUUUGGAUUAAGCUAAAUGAGCCUUGAUUGAGCAUAUUAAUCUCGAGUGUGUGUACUAUUAUUGUUAAAUAAAAUUGCGAGGAGUUCUUGAGUGUUUGUAUUAUUAAAUAAAUUGUGAGGAUCACAUGGAUAUAAUCCACCACAAACUCUUUCACUCAUCAAUCAUCAUUAUGGAGUGAAAAAAAUUAUCAGUUGUAUUGUUUGCAACAUUUAGUUUUGGCUUAAAGGACAUUACAUAUCACAGGUUUUCUGAUUUUUUUUGUUUUUCUUUUUCUUUUCUAUAACUCAAUUAAAUGUGUGUCUUUUCUAAGCUGGUAGAACCUCAUUACAGCAUCUUUAGUUAACCAUGUCUAGACCUGACCAAGGUCCUGGUUCGAACCGGAACCAAACCGUCGGUUUUAAUUCGAAACCGUAACUGCAAUUUAUGAUUCGAA